AUGACGCACUGUAUGGAUUCACAGUACUUUGUCGUCACAGAAAAACGAGUCUACCUCCGAAGCCAAGCCUGGAUGAGUCCUAUCAGGGCUUCUUGCUACUGCCAAGCUCAGGCUUUUAGCGAAGAACCGGGUGGCACUUUGAUCGGCGAGUCUGGUGUGGUCCCUGGUUUAGUCUGGUUUUCGAUGAUGGGGGCUUUACUUUGGAGUAGACUCGUCGUGAGGAAGAAGAGAAAGAGCUCUUUGGACGACGCUAAGAUUAACUAUGCUGCUUUCAGAGCGAGGAAGAAAAGACAGAGAGCUUUCAGCUAG